AUGGCAACCAAUUGGAAUAUUUGUGGUGUUUGUGAUAAUCUUCAUAUUACCAAACAGUCAGUAGUAUGGUGUUCCGAAUGUGACGAAGGACUUUGCGAAAAAUGUAAGGAGCAUCACGCUGUUUCGAAGUCAUCAAAAAGCCAUGAAACCGUUUCUAUCUCGGAAUAUAAGAAGUUGCCGACCAAGGUCCUGGAAAUUGCUCAGACCUGCAAACUUCAUAAUGAGAAGUUCGAACUUUUCUGUAAAAAACACGAUUGUCCAUGCUGUAAGAAAUGUGUUGAAUCUCACAACGAUUGUAAAAGUUUAAUUGACAUAAAUGAACUCAUAAAGAAUAUCAAAACUUCAAAUGCCUUUUACGAGUUCGAACAAAACCUGCUGGAAAUCGUCGAGAAUAUAAAACGACUCAAUACUAACCGAAAAGAAAAUUUAACAUCACUAGAAGACAAGAAAAGAAAAAUUGAAACAAAAAUAGCACAAACCAGAACAAACUUUAAUAUCCACCUUGAUAAACUCCAGGAUGGUUUAAUUAAAGAAUUAACAGCAAUAGAAGAAAAAGAAAAAAGAAAAAUACAAACUUUGUUGACUUUCCUGAAAGGUAAGAAAAAAGAUAUCAAUGAAUUUCAAGAAAACAUUGCAAGUAUCAAAAAACAUGCGUCAGAACUUCAAACAUUUUUGGCUAUGAAACAUAUCGAAAAAGACAUUGAUGUCGAAGAAAAGAUUAUUCAAUCGAUUACCAAAACGGACACAACAAACCAAGUGAAUAUUUCCUGCCAAAUAAACGAGUCGUUAAAGCAAAUCACAGAUAGCGUGCAUGAGUUUGGAGAAAUUAAUGUCACUUCUUAUCCAUGUGAUUUUUCGAUUCAGAAACGGAAGGAAAGACAGGCCCAGAUUAUGGUAUCUCUUCCAACCAGAAAUAUCGAAAAUCUUAUUCUGUCGUUGGAUAAACGUAUCAAUACAAAGUUGUCAAAUGUCCGAGGAUGUUCAAUUCUUCCAGAUGGUAUGAUGGUAUUCUCCUGUUAUCUCCAACAAAAAAUAAGAACACUCAAAUCGAACGGAUCAAAAGACUUUGUAAUAAAAAGAAUCGGUCAAACGUUUAAUGUGGUAAACAUUGAUGAUGGUUCUUUUGCUGUAACAUCUGGUGGUUCAAAUAUCAUUAAUUUAAUCGACACAAAGACUAAAAAACUGAAGAAAACAAUUCAAGUACAUUCAAACAAUGAUGGGGCAGUGUACAAAGAUGGACAUUUGAUUUAUUGUGCUAGGGAGAAAGGACUUCAAAUGAUCAGUCUUAGUGAUGAAUCCAUUACCAAUAUUACUUAUAACAAACUUUCUAUUUUUGCGUACGUUACAGCUUUUGGGGACAGACUGUUCUACACAAAUUAUGACCAUCACACCGUAACCUGCUGUGAUUACCAUGGUAAGAUACUGUGGACGUUCCAUGAUACCACUUUUCUGCUGUCUCCAUUAGGUAUAUCUGUAGACAAUGAUGGUUUUGUGUAUGUAGUGGGAGGUGAUACUCACAGUGUGGUCGUUAUCUCUCCUAAUGGAAAAAGCUGUAGACAACUAUUAUCCAGUGAUGAUGGACUGAACCUACCGCAUGUUCUGCACUACGACCAAUCAACUAACAAACUUUUAGUUGCUAAUCACCUUGAUACAGCGUUCUUGUUUGAUGUUAGACGAUAA